AUGUACUCAUCAUUUAUUACUAAAAAACCUAUUGGAUUUAGUUUAUUAGGAACUUGUAUGAUUCUUGAUUUUUUUAUUGCCGCAUCCUAAUAUUCAAACUAUUGUGAAUUCUUAAAUAAACCUAUCUAUAAAGUAUCAUCUAAUGAUGGCCUAUCGAUUUAUUAAACUAAUUCAGAUGGAUGUACUCUUAGUUAAAAUUUUGAAUUAACCUACAUGGGCUUAGAAAUAAGUGAUUAAGAUGUCUAAAGAGAAAUCAAUAAUCGUAUCACUAUCUUAAAUUCAAUAAAUACUUAUUUAUUUGCUUCUAUUGCCUUAUUUGUACUUUGUUUUCACAUAAUCACAAGUUUUAUACCAUUACUUCUUGAUUUUGCAUUAACCUUAUCAGAAUAUUGGAUGCAAAAAAUUAGGAAUACUCUCAUGAUUUCAUUAAUAAGAAAUUUAAUUGUUAUCAAUUGGUAAUUAAUGUAACCCUUACUUUUAAUAACAACUGUAGUUAACAAUAUCACAUAUAAAGAAUGCUUUGAAUUUUAAGACUUAAGAUUUUUGAUUCCUAUUUACACUACUGAAUGGGCUAUUCUAUUUGUUAUUGUCAUAAUAUUAGAAACUUAUAUACUUUUUUUCUUUUUAAUUAAAUGGCGAAACGAAUUUCCUUGCUAUCUACUCUUAUUUUAAAUGUUUCAUUUCGGUAUUUUUCAUACUGUCAUUAUUUACAAUAUGGUUAAAGGAUCAAAAAAAUUAUUGCAAGUUCUAUUCACAUACAAAUAAUGGGUUACAGUUUUUGAAAUCUAAAAGUUAUAUCUAGAGUUCUAUAUAAUUUAAGAAAGAUUUCGUAAUCGCAGAAAACAAGAGGCAAAAUUUGCAUAAUUAUAUAACUAAAGAUUUUGA